ACUUUUGAAUUUUUCAUAUUGAAUAACGUUGUGAAACGAUCGAUAACAUGCUGCCUAAAAGAGUGGAUGCUGAAUAAGUGAUCUCCUUCUCAUGGGAUUCUGUUUUCUGCUCAAAGACGUUUGAAAAGAAAAAUGUUCACCGUAUGAUGUCGAUCCAUACUGAUGGUGUUUCGAGGCCAACGAUCGAACAAGUAGGAGCCGGCAGCAGCGGGACAGUUAGCGGAGAACAGGCGCCUAUUUUCCUAGAGCCUGUUAACAAUGCCACCGUCGUAAUUGGAAGGGACGCCAGCCUCACCUGCACCGUAGAGCAUUUAGGGGCUAAUAAGGUUGCAUGGAUCCAUUUGGACCGUCACAUGAUUGUUGCCAUCCAUCAACAUCUCGUGACCCGAAUCCCGCGUUACAGCGCCACUCACGAUGCUCAUCGAAACACUUGGACGCUCACGCUUCGCGGUGCUCAACCGGAGGAUGCCGGAAGAUAUUUGUGCCAAGUCAAUUCCAACCCUAUGAUCACGCAAGUCGGCAUCGUUGAUGUCGUCGUGCCGCCGGUGAUUGUCGAUGCUGGCAGCUCUGCGUCGCACAUAACGAUCCGUGAAGGAUUAAGUUUGACGCUCACCUGUCGUGGUGAUGGAGUCCCAGCACCGAAAGUCACUUGGCGCCGCGAAGACGGACGCCCUAUUUUUCUCGGCGAGAAAAGAAAAGACGCAAUGAGUGACGGCGAAAGUUUGACACUCAACAAAAUUGGACGGACGGAAUCUGGAGCCUAUUUGUGUAUCGCUUCCAAUGGCGUCCCGCCAUCCGUUUCCAAAAGGAUCUGGGUCGAUGUGGAAUUUCCUCCAAAUGUUUGGGUUCCAGCUCAAAUAGUCGGAUUGCCACUGGGAGGAUCUGUUACAUUUGAUUGUUUCACUGAAGCUCAACCGAAGGCCAUUACUUACUGGGCUCGAACGUCAGGCGGCCCACCCGAAUCGGAUCUCGUACUGUUACCUAGUCGCAGGAUUCACGCCGAUUCGACCAGCAACGGCUAUCGGACACACAUGAACUUGACUAUCCAAUCGUUUGAAGCCAAAGAUAUAGGCACUUAUCGAUGUGUGGCUAAAAAUUCUCUUGGCGAAGCAGAAGGAUCAGUUCAGCUAAUGGAAACGGAACCGGAUAAUUCAAAUAACGACAUGAUUGUUGAAGAUUUCCCUAGCGUUGAAUCACGACAGACAACCCCACAGAAAACGACAGUGAUACCUCGAUCUACUGCUAAACCCAGCACGAGUACGUGGCAACAAGGGAAUCGGGUUCAGUUUAUCAGCAACAAUUCGUAUUCAACUGGACGCCAAUCAACAGUCCGUAACUCAGGUUUACCUUUGUUACCACGCUGGCCCCAGCAACUAACCACCGUUGUUCUCCUGGUCGUGGUCAACAAGUUACUUUGAUGAAUUGUUUCGUUGUGAGGCCGUACAUUAUCCCUGUUUUUCAAAUCUUAAAUAAUUUAUAUAUUUAAAAAAGCUUCAACUCAGGUUGGAUGCAAAGCCCCCGUGCUCACCAAAUGACAGUUUGCAACAAAAAUCUCCCCCCCAAAAAACAACCGUAAAUCCAUUUGACCUGUUCUUCGUUAUACCCAACAAUUGUUUUGUUUGUAAAUAUCACUAUACUUUUGCCGGUAAAUGCUGUAUACAUGCCAGAGAGAAAGAUUGGAAA